AUACUGAGUGUCUUCGUUAUUCUUGGUAUUCUUCUGUUUAUAGUCCUCACCUUUUUCACCUCACCACACGUUUUCAAGUCAAGCUGGCAGCCGUAUAUGGUGUCAUUUCUUUAUCCACUCUUUGCCUUUGCACUUGGUUACACAAUACCAAUUUUACUGAAAUUUAAUAGUGCUCAGGCCCGAACCGUUGCAUUUGAGACUGGUAUACAAAAUAGCGCCCUCGCUCUCAGUAUAAUCAAUCUGUUAAUUAUACAAGGCAAUGAUGUUAAGGAGAUGAUGAUAGUACCAACGCUACAUGCUGUAAUGACUGUUAUAGAAUCAUUCACCAUUGUUGGCAUCUAUUGGGCUUAUAAAAAACUGAAAGCCAAACAACAAUUACAAUCAGUCUGUGUUGAUGAUGAAAAAGGUGAAACAAAAUCAAUUCAGCAUAGUCAGCAUGAAUUGAAUAAAGUGAGUGGGAUUGAAAAUAUUUCCAUGGUUACAGGAGAUGAAAAAUCUACCAACACAGGUGAAUAA